AUGGAUCGAAAAAGAAAAUCUGUGAGCAUAAUCGCGAAUCCAUGUGAUCGUGUUAUUGAAGAAGAUGACAACUGCAUUGUUCCUGAAAAAGGCAAAAGACAACGCAUUUUGAGUACUUCGGAGGAUAGUGAUAGUGAUUUAUCGUAUCAAUCUUCACUGGACAGUCUACAAAUUGCUGAAGACGUUUCUACUCAACGUGAUCCUCUCGAGCAUAGCGAAGAAUCUGGUUCGCAAUGUAACUUCUCUAGCCAGAGUAAACCCAUCGAAUACUUUGAACUAUUCUUUGAUUCGACACUAUGGUCACUAAUAGUUGAAGAAACCAAUAAACAUGCAGAUUAUUCAAGACUACCUAGAGAAUUUGAAAUUUUUGAAACAGAGAUUUGGACACCAGUUACCGUGUUAGAGAUGAAGGCGUUUAUAGCAGUGCUGCUGGAAAUGAGAAUUACACAAAGACCCAAUAUACGUUCGUAUUGGUCCGAAAAUUCACGUAACAUACCGUGGUUCCGAAGAAUGUUCUCUCGAAAUAGAUUUCAACAAAUUUUGAAAUAUUUUCAUUUAAUUGAUAACUCUUUAUGUUUUCCACCUAGUCACGAGAAAUACGAUCCCUGUGCAAAAUUUAAGCCACUCGUUGAACACGCUAACAGAGUAUUCAAAUUACAUUAUAAACCACAUAAAGAAUUAUCAAUUGAUGAGUCGUUAGUUGGGACGCUGUGUCAUUCUAGCAAAACGCAAUACUUGCCAAAUAAAAAACAUCAUCGUUGGGGGAUAAAAUUAUGGAUGCUAUGUGAUUCAGUUUCAAAAUAUUGUUUGAUGUUCUCUUGUGAUAAAGGUGCAAAAGAGACAACUACUAGUGAUACAGAAAAGUUUGGACUUGGAUAUGAUGUUGUGAUAAAUUUAUUAAAAGAUAGUAAUUGUUUGAAUAAGGGGCAUCACAUUUUUGUCGAUAACUUUUUUACUAGCGUUGAAUUAGCUAGAUAUUUAUAUUCUAUGGAUACCUAUUUAACUGGAAUUAUUAGAAGAAAUAAGGAAUGUAUUCCCGAUACUUUGAAAGAAGCUAAUGUAAAUAAGGUAAAAUAUUUUCGAGACAACGAAGUAUUGUUCUGUGCGUAUCGCGAAGAAAAAAGUGUAAAAAAUCCUGUAUUAUUAAUUUCAACAAAAACAGAAGAGCGAAAUGUGACUAUAACAAAAAAUCGACAUGGCAGAGAAAUACGUUUGAUAAAACCCGCUAUUAUUCAAUCUUACAAUGCCUUCAUGGGUGGUAUCGAUGAAUCGGAUAAAAUGCUGUAUACCUGUCUCAAUGAUCGAAGAUCAGUUAAAUGUUGGAAAAAGGUAGCCUUUAACAUAAUCAGCCGCAUGGUUUUAAAUGCAUAUAUAAUCUACAAGGAAAGAGUUAAGAGUAAAACAAUGACUCGGUUAGAUUUUAUUUCGAAUAUUAUCUUUGAAAUUGAAUGUGAGUGGAUGAAGGAAAAGAAAGCACGUAGUUAUGUAAAGGAAAAAAAAUUUGGUUUAGUAAAGUUGCCACAACGUAACUUGCGACAAUGCGUAGUCUGCAGCACCAAAAAUGCAAUAAAAAGAUCACAUUUAAUUUGUGUGCAAUGUAAAAAAGGAGUUCAUCCAACAUGUUUUGAUAAACACCGAUGUUACAAAUUAUAA